UACUACCACUAGUGACAAUAUCCACAAGCCACAAUAGACCAACUGGCUACAUUGAAUUGAUCUCUGUAAUAACAACGAUGACUUACUCUGAAUUAAUUUCCUCGCUACGAGUACCCCGCUAUUGUCUACUAUUACUCUUUACUUGGUACUGUUAUAAUAUUUGCAACGAUUUCUAGACAGUAAGGAUCGAUGCCACGCGAACGAAAGACUCUCAUUGCAACGAACUACAAUGAUACGUUGCCUCUAAUAGGCUUCAAGCGAGUGUAUAGUGUGUGAGUGGACAACUAAUUAACAACAAAUAACACAAACGACGAAUCCAGACAAUAGUUUGCCAAGGCAAAGCAGACGACUAGGCAGAGAAAUUGGCGAUUAUUAUUAACGCUAGGCGCCUGAUAUCGUAAAUCUCCUAUUAUACGUCGACAUGUGGGUCCCCAUGCCACUGGCGCCAUCUCAGAUUUGCACUGAUCCUAGCUGUCGCCGCGCGUCUCGUUUAAUUUGCAAGUUAUUUCAUUAGCGUCAUUCACAGUACCCUAGCAAUGGCAAUAUUAGUAGAAACAGUCACAGGGAGGUGACCAAAGCAUCUCGUAUGCAUCGUCAAACGAGCAGCAAGGUGAUCGUUGAACACAUUUACUUGUACUAUGGCUAGCGAGUGGUGACAGUGCUGCCGCUGCUGUGUUUAUUGCUCCGAUAUAAAACCGCCCGCUUCCUAUAUUGCUUCCGUUGACGCCUUGUGCCUUGUUGACGCCACUGCAGGUCGCCGCCAUUUUUGGACAGCCGAGUCGAAGCAGAUCGAACCCAGCCGAAGGGUGCUGAUGCCGCUGUGCUGGUGAUCUGCAUUUGGCAGGAUCAAUGUGUAUUUUUCGCCAUUAUAGUCAAUCUUGUCUACCGACAAACUGGUUGCGCUAAAACCCAAUUACUCUAUGCUUUGAAAAUACGAGAGGAACAGCAACAGCUAAAUAGCAAGUGUUUUUUUGUUGUUCAUUCGCUGUUGUCGUUAGAAGUGGGUGCUGGUAAUAGCCGACUUGACACCAACAGUGGCGAUCCGGCGGCUAUUAGCGUCAACACCGUGAUAGACCAAUAAAACAUGUAAUCGCCACAUCCAUAAAGAGUAACGAGGACCAGAACAAACAAAAAAUGGAGCAGUGUUGUGGCGGGUACGUGGACGAAUUCGAGUUGUUAUUUGAGACGUCUCGGGCUGACAUCGACGACUAUCUGCGAGGACUUGCACUAGAUAUGCGACUUCACUCGACGACGAAAUUUCGGUCUUUGUGUUGGCGAAUUUUUCUCGACUGUCUACCUGAGGACCGCAUUGAGUGGCCUCAAGCACUGAAGAAGAAACGCCAAGAAUAUAUGAAAAAGGUAAAGGAGUUUGAGCUUGAUCCAAGACAGGAGGUGGGUGAUAACCCGUUGUCGCAAGACCAUCAGUCGAAAUGGAAUAAGUACUUCCAGGAUGAGGAACUCCGGCAGAUGAUCCAACAAGAUGUGAUACGGACAUGGCCAGAAGUGGAGGUUUUUCAGCGGCCCGAUAUUCAGGAGGCGAUGACGUCAGUGUUAUUCUACUAUUCGAGGUCUAAGCCAAGUGUAUCGUAUAGGCAGGGGAUGCAUGAAAUUCUUGCACCCAUUGUUUACGUAAUGUAUAACGAUCAGCUCGCAUAUAACGAGGCCCGAAAGAAUGGUCAUCUAGAGCGGCUGACUGACGGAAGCUUACGGAUAUUGGCCGAUGUCCUUGACUCUACGUACCUCGCACAUGAUGCGUACUCGGUGUUCUAUUCGCUAAUGGAAACUCUUGAAAGUUGGUACUCAUGUACCGAAAACAAUGAGCCAACUCGCGCAGAAGUUCCUCAGCUCUUUUCACGGAAUGAUAUCGAAACACACACAGUACUAGGGUUGAAACUUAGCAAAAUCAACCGACAUAUACUCAAAAGGCUCGACCCAAAUUUACAGGCACAUCUCGAGCUGUUGGAGAUCAAUCCUCAAGUCUACGGUAUUCGUUGGUUACGCCUUCUCUUCAGCCGCGAGUAUCCGCUUAGCAGUGUUCUGAGUCUGUGGGACACAAUUUUUGCUGAUUCGAUCUCGCUCGACCUUUCUGAUUACAUAUUCGUCGCGAUGUUGAUCGCCAUUCGUGAACAGCUGCUGACAGCAGACUACAGUGGUUGUCUGGACCUGUUAAUGCGCUACCCUGACAAUGUCGAGGUCUCGUACGUCAUUAAAUUGGCUCUCCAUUAUCGGGACCACUACAAAUAUCCGCGACCUCUUCGACAGAUCAUACAGGAACGGCCGAAGUCGCCAAGGCGAAGCAGAGCACUACGUCCUCAGACGCUUAAUUUUUGUUCACCAGAAGUAGAUGAGGUCAACUGGCAGUACAUGGCAAGCAGCGGCAAGGAAGGGACUGGCGUUGAACGUGAGCUCAGCAUGACAGCUACUGCUAAGCAGCUGAUACAGCUGAAGUCACGGGUGGCUGAGUGCGCCUUAUCGAUGGAUGCUCACUUAGCUGUCCUUCAGCAAGCCCUGAUACAGACUGGUGGUCCGGAAAGCGCCCUCAUAGCAUUGGCACAGUUGAAGAGUGCUCGCGACCAGCUCAAAGAGGUUUCUGGUGCAGACGACCUAUUUGAUGACGGCGAAGGCGGGUGGGCCCUGAUAGGUACCCCGCAGCAGGAGAACGCUGCUGGAAGCACCUCCAUUCACAAUGGUUCGAUAGAGACUCUCAAAAAGAGAAUUAACGGGCUUAUUAACAGAGACUAGGCUAAACAUAAAUCCUAGAUUGUUAUUAGAUGAAACCGGCAACAAUGACAAAUAUGAUCCGCAUAUCGUAGAGCGAUUUAUAUGUCAAGUCAAACGGUUUUUGAUUCAAAGGAAUUGCGAGCACGCGUGUAUGAAUCGUACUAUUUAGAUGUACACAUCUCACAUAUAGAAUAUUCUACACUCGCUGUUUACUUCGUGAUAUUACAUUAAAAUGGUACACCAAUAUGUACAAUAAUAAUGAUCUAAUGAUAAUCAUCAUAGAAUACUAUAAUUUAAAUACGUAUAUAUAUGAAGUCGGUUAAACUGCAGUCGGACACUGAUACUUAAACAGGUAAUAAUGGAUACAUUAUUAGAGCAGCUUCCAAAACAUCAGUGGACGUUUAGCCAGUGGACAUGUAGCCUUACCCCGUAUUUUGUCUAAGAAAUACUGCAUCUAUCUCCGCUCUAUUGUUAGAAGUAGACAGACAAUAUAUAUAU